AUGACCACUCAACACGACUACCUCAAUUUCGUCCUUGAAACGCUACAAGGACACGGGGGUCUCUCGACUACGGUGCGUGGAGUGGCUCGACAAACGGCUUCGGCGGCGGCAGGAACAGCAGCCGGUGGAUUAUUAGCCGGACCGGCGGGAGCUCUCAUUGGAGGAAUCAUCGGCGGCCUAUAUGGAUAUUUGACAACAGAAGAAUAUGCGAGUUUGUUCACGUUCUACCAAAGUUUGGCCGCCGAGGAUCGAAAAAAAGUGACUGAAAAGAUUCAAGGAGCGGUAGGAGGGACAUCGAUCAAUGAUUUUACGAGUUGGGUCACAAGAAGUGGAAAUCGAGAACUUUUGGUGACGCUUCUUAUGGAGUUGAUGCGACAAGGAAUCACAUCGUGGUCUUCAUCAGACGAGCAAUCCUAUGCGUCAACUUCAUCGACAAGACAUCGAGGACAAGCGAGAUCGACCCGGAAUGCCAAGUUCUUUCCUCUCGGCUCCCCUUUCCCCCAUCCACAAACGACUCUUUGUUUCUACCCGCAUGGCCUCCUCUUCGGUGUGGAUUCCUCUCCCGACUUCUCGCUGCUUCAACAUCUACGAUUUUUUGAGGGCAUGCUAGGCACACCGGUUCUCCUCCGGUGGGCAAUGAAAACACGAGGACCGAUGGGAAAAACUCUUCGAAUCGUUCUCGGCUCUCUUGUCUUCUUCUUUAUAAAUUUAUCGAUAAUUUAUUACUAUGUGCAAAUCGAGAAACCAAGCGAUCAAUCGGUGAUACAAGAGAGAGCGAAUGAGAAACUGCAUGAGCAACUACAAUGUGUGCUUGAUGGAAGCAAUGAACUAGCAAAAAGCGCUCUGAAUAGGGCGGCGUGUCGACUUCAGAAUGGUUCAUUUCAUGAAACGAUGCCGCUGAGUGGAUGUCAUAAUUAUGAUACAUCCCUAGCUGGUGUGAGCAUGGGAUGUUUCUAUGAUCAAAGCUCGAAUCGACAGCUAAAGGGUCAUCAAUAUGAUUUUGCUGACAACACCAGGGACAAAUGCGAAAGUCACUGCUAUCGAGCUGGUUUUUUGUAUUACGGAGUCGAAUACGGGAAAGAGUGCUUUUGUGGAGAUGAUUUUGAUGCUCAAUAUAUUAUUGAACGGUCUAAAUGUAAAGAAUACAAUUGCACUGGAGAUGAUUCACAAAAAUGUGGCGGGUUUGACGCUAUUGAUAUCUACAGAACGGGUUUAAUUAUCAAAGCAGCUCAACUAACGAGGCGACCCUUGUACUUGGAGGUUGAACGACUAAAAGAAAAACCGACAAAAGCACGUAUUUUAUUUGUCUUGCAAUUGAAUGGACGAAAUAUUCGACAGGUUCAACGUUUAUUGAAAUCAAUCUACUCGCCAAAUCACUUUUAUUACAUUCACGUUGAUAAACGACAAAUCUACAUGUUGAGUAAAAUGCGAGAUCUUGCUGCUCGUCUAGCAAAUCUCUACGUGGAACCUGAAGGUCGGAGUACAAUUUGGGGUGGAGCUUCACUACUUGACAUGAUCACUGAUGCAAUUCGUACGACCAUAAACAUUCCAAACUUUUCUUCUUGGGAUUACCUCGUCAACUUGUCCGAGUCGGAUUUCCCGGUGAUGUCGCUAGCCGAAUUGGAAACACAGCUCACAUUGAACAAUGGACGUUCAUUUUUGGCAAGUCAUGGCUACAAUACGGCUCGCUUCAUUCAAAAGCAAGGAUUCGAUUAUGUCUUUGUUGAAUGCGAAGAAAGAAUGUGGAGAGUUGGCAAGAGAAACGAAUUCCCGCGUGGCUUGCGAAUUGACGGUGGAUCGGAUUGGGUCAUUUUACACAAGGAUUUCGCCAAAUAUUCCAUUUCGAACGAGGAGUUGCCACAAAAGUUGCGAACACUCUUCUCAAGCAUCAUCCUUCCCGUUGAAAGUUUUUAUCACACGUUAGCUGCAAAUUCAAUGUAUUGCGAUCAUGUGGUGACAGGGAAUUUGCGAUUAACGAAUUGGAAUCGAAAACAAGGAUGUCGAUGUGCGUCUUUGAAAAAGGUUGUCGAUUGGUGCGGAUGUUCACCGCUAGUGUUCACAAAAGAUACAAUUCAUAAGUUUGAACUUGAGAAAGCCAAAGAGAAAGUCUACUAUUUGGCUAGGAAAUUUGAAAACUUGAUUGACGUGGAUGCGAUUGCUGCAGCUGAAGCACAAGCGAUGAGAGAUCGCUCUCAUUUGCUUAACACCAAUUCGAAAGCCUUCAACACAUCGCAUGUCAACCUUUACGAGGCUGGCUUUGAUGGAUAUUCUGAAUCUUACACUUUAUUGACGCAACGUCUUUUUUCGAUGGCAAAAUUGGGCUCAUUAUCCUUCGGUUCACUGCGUUCCAUUCAUGUUUAUCGAGAACAUUUCGAAGCAAACUGGCAACUCGUUUUCACUGUUUUGACGACUCAUGGGCAAACGAUUGAACUUCUUGCUCAGCGGAUACAUGAUACGCUGAUUGAAGAACAACCAAUUGUUAAUGGGUACAUUUUGAGAAGCAUACGAAUAGGAGUUUCAAUCGAUCACAAAGAAGAGAUUUUCCGAGGUUAUACCGGAUAUGUUGAUCAGACUGGAUCUCCAACAAUUCUUCUCCAAUGGGAACGAAUGAGUGACUUGCCGACAAGUAUUCCCGAGAAUAAGACUUCGCCUGCAAUUCAGAUCAUAUGGAAAGAUCAAACUGGGCAUCUUGUGGCCACCCAAAAACUGCCACCGUACGAUUCGAUUUUUGGACAACAAUUUGCUGAACUUGUGUUGCCUUCACUCAAGAACUUGAGGUCACAACAAACUGGAAUUUGGACUGCUACAAUUACUGAUGGUAGUCGAGCGAUUGGGCGAGUUCGAUUCCCACUUUUCGACUCGAGUGUUAAGGAAGACUUUUUCCAAAUGGUGGCCAAGUUCUAUCGCCUCGUUGCCUCAUGCUCAUCUCCUGUGGAGUGCAGUGGUUCACUAUGGAGUACCUAUUAUCCGGAUCCAAAAUCCGACAUUCUUGUCGGUUACGAUGAACGACUCGGGUACCUAGUG